UAUUGCCCGGGCGAUCAGGAAACACGUCUGCUAACUGUCGUCUGCUCCGGGAUAGCAGAAGACACUGACAGGAUGAGGUAGCGGACCUUAUAACUGCCGCAAUGGAAAUACAUUGGAAUAAUCGGUUAGGGUCAAGCUCGAUCGUACCGGCGUUGGUGUUAAUUCUACAGUUAUAUAUAGAUGUGGUUUGGGGAAAGCAGUGUCUGAAGAACCAGCAGCUUGGAGACGUUACAGGGAACACCUAUCAGUGCGAGGAUGCAACAAAACCAGAGUGUUGUGAAAAGGACAGCUCUUUUACAUGUUGCGAGCCAGCUGCCACCAGGAAUUUAAUAGAACAAGUGCAGCUGUGGGGCAUCGUCAGCGCCAUCGCCAUCAUCAUCGGCGUCCUCCUUUUCUGCCUAUGCAAGGACGUCAACUACUGCGCAUCUGACAAGACGGUCAAGGAGAAGGUGCAAGAGGUAUUAUGCAGGCGUAACAACAAACUGGAUGAUGCAAGUAAAUGCGACAGCGAAUACGACGACAUCAACACCGGUCCGUCAACGUCACCGGUCAUCAGUCUAUCCUCCAGCGAUCCUUCAACAAGGCCGACAACUGUCGAGAAGAUGUAACCCAUCACAACACACGCAAACCAAGGGGGAUAACUCGUGUAAAUAGUAAUGGUGACGCGGACCUUUUGUAAAUCAAACACUUGGCCUUAGGAUUAACAAGACUGGUGAAGAGGAAGGGUUAAAAUAAAGAAUUUGGUGCUCUAUAUACUGAUGGAAACAAAUAAAAGAAACACAUGAAAUUACAAGUACUCCUAUAUCUAUUCCCUUAUUUCAACCCUCAGUGCAAGACAAAGCAAAAAACCCUGGAAAUGAAUACGGGAACUCCUGUACCUGCAUCUGUUCCUUUAUUUGUUUCUAUCAGUGUAUUUUCGGCUGAAAACAACCAUUUUGUAAUGGAAAUUUAUCGUUCAGGAACAGGAAAGACAAAAGUGGCAACGUCACAGGGUGCCAACUCGCGUAUGGUGUACCGGAUGCCGACCGCUAAUAAGUGGUGUUCAGGUGCAUGAAAUGAUUAUGUGGUAUUCAUCUGCCAUGUCUUCAGAAGUGAAUUUUAUUUUCCGUCUCUUUUUCUUGCAAAGAGUGACAAAUCAAUAACAUAUUUAGCCCAACGAUUAUCUGCACCUUCUCAUACAUUCUAUAUAAAAAAUAUCCCAUCUAAUUUGCUCGUACAAGCUGAUUCACUGAUAUGACUGAAGAGUUCUCAAAAUGGAUGCCAAGACAGGUUAAGAGGCAUGAAGGGAUGCCUAAAAGGGAGAGGUUGGCGCCCUCAUAACAUGGACAUGGUGUAUGGAUUGUGGGCCAAACUGGGAUACCUUAUAUUUUUUUACGACUGUGAAACAUACGUUCCGGUACGGUUCGAGGAAGUCACGUGUAUUUUGGUUGUGAACAUUGGAUGAUUCUUAAAUUGUUCCUGCGCUCUAGAUAAUCGAAGAAAAUAUCAGCGCUAUUGUACUUCAUGAAUAACGCAUUUGGGUCGUGAUAACUGUCAGUAAUCUUGGUGGCAUUUGAUACCAUCGCUGACAAGAGCCAGGUGAAAAUCCGUGAACCCAGUCUAGCAGACACACCACGGUGGAGCUGAUGUUGAUCCCAGCUCCAGACAUUUUUUAUACGGGAAUCUCUCCCUCGGACAAGAGGUGCCACCAAGACAGAGAGCUUGAACAAAGUAUGGAAAAUGAGUCACGUGCCGGAAAUGACGUAACAAUAAUGCAUAGUACUAACUGUUGACAUCGAUUCUCGUCCUACUAUUGAGGCGCCAUCAUGACAGAGAGCUUGCGCAAAGUGUGGAGAUUGUGCCACGUGCCGGAAAUGACGUAGCAAUAAUGCAUAACACGAACUGUUAACAUCGACUCGCGCCUUACUGAUCAGGCGCCAUCAUGACAGAGAACAUGCGCAAAGUGUGGAGAUUGUGUCACGUGCCGGAAAUGAUGUAACAAUAAUGUAUAACACUGUUGACACCGACUCGCGCCUUACUAAUGUUGUAUAUCCUAUUGUUUACUUCAGUGUUCUGGGACAUGACCUCGACUUUACUUACACGCAUACCGUACUAUUGUUGGCUGGUGAACAUACCCCUUAAUAAUUGAACAAGUCAAAUAAAUGUUAAAUGUUCAAAUAAUGGUUAUAUUAUUAUUCCAACCACAGAAAUAUCAAUAUAUGUGAUCAGAUUCCACGUGAAAUUAUACAUGAGCUUCGAUCUUUCAUUGAAGUGUUAUUUCUUUAACAAAUUUUAUCUAUAAUCUUCUACUCAGUGAGAUCGUCUUACAGAUUACGCAUUUCUAAUGUUUGACAAAAGGCAGAUUAUCCUGUUGCCUAGAGCGUCAUGUUCUUAUUCUUCUAUAGAACUGCACUAAUUAGUUUGCUGGAAAAGCAAUUAAUGUUAGAAUGACAGGAACUCCAGAGUCUGUUUGGUGUUUGUAUUCACUUUGUAUAUAGAACGUCUUCAUGUUUUCAUGUUUGAUUGUAUCCUUAUAUAAACUCAUGUUCUGACGUU